AUGUACAUCAUGUGUUCGUCUAUCCUUCUUCCCUUCUUAAGUUGAUGUUCUUAUUUCCCCCCCCCCUUUUUUUUUUUUUUUUUUUUUUUUUUUAAAAAAAUUUUACUGGGGCUCAUAAAUUGCAAUCCUUCGGGUUGGCUGGGACCGCUACAAAAAGAGCUAAAAGAGGUUAUAAAGCAACGACGGCAAGCAAUUGGGUGAAAGUCAAACCCCUGCGCGCAAAGAGCGCUGCGCAGAUCAAAACCCGCCGAGCACCUAACGCGGACUCCAACGGGCGGUGA